GUCAUAGUGUAAUCAAUUGUGAUUGAAUGUAAACGUUUGAGGAAACUACGUAGCACUAAUUCAUUUAAAACAUAAAACAACCAACUGCCUUUGCACAAUGCCGCUCAGUAAGUUAAGUGUUUUGAUUUUGAUCAAUUUUUUGGCAACAAAAUGCGCUGCAAAUAUUGUCGAUGAAUUGACACAACGUCUCAGCUAUGUGACCAACGAAUGUUUCGAUGCUCAAAAUGUGAAGCAGCCAGCAUACAAAUGUUCGGGCAUUAUUUUCCGUGGAAUUCAUUUGAAUAAAGGACAGCGAUUCGCAUGGAGCUUAAAACCGUCUGACAAGAAAAUAAAUUCAUUUGCAUUCGGUUUCCUACGACGUGAUCAUCCAUUUUCAUGGGUGGGAAGUGGUUAUGAUGCUGGAUUCAUCAUUUAUCCGCAUUUGAAAACGCCAAGUCACAAGACAACACAAAAAGUAUUGUGUACAUACCCAAUCGAUGGAGCUACCGAUUACCGUAACGAUCGUGGUUGUGGUAAACGGAGUAACGAUACAACCGGAUUGAGUCAACAAUGUGAUGCACAGAAUAUUACAUCUUUCCCGAAAUGGGUCGAAUAUUUCAAAUUUCUUAAUACGGGGAAUAUGGUAGAGUUUAUUAUGUCCCACUGUGGUUUUGAUGCAUCGAAAAAGACAACGGCAGUGGACAAUUUUGCGUUAACUCUGCAAGCAAACUCUUACCUACAGAAUGUACAGGAUGUACAGCAUGGUACACGAUACGCGUACGUCAGUAGUGAAUUUCGAGUCGAGGGCUGGGAUGAAAACAACGCGAAAACAAUACCGAUUGAGGCAUUUUUCUAUUUCAUCAACACCGCGAAUGGUUACGAACACGCUGUGAAGUAUCGCGAUGAGUUUUAUGCUCAAACUGGCGAAAACAUGCCCAUUGUUGGUAUCCACUUACCAUCGGACACCGAUUCAAAUAUUUACGUCAAAGAAGGCAAGCAGGGAUAGAAAAAAAACAUUGGACAAAAGCAUUCGGUGAAUGUUGAGCCAAAGGCUGAGAUGAGUUCCCAAUUUUCUGAACGAGUUCAUUAUUAAUUGUCGAUACAAAUGGUAAUGACCAGUGUCGACGUAGUUUAAUUGAAUUUAGUCAAUAAUUUGUUUCGUGAAUAGAUAGAAUUUCAUCGUUGUGGCUUGGCUAGCUCAAACUGAUUGUAUACAGAUACAUUCGAGUGGCUUAGUAACGAAAGAAAAACUUUUUCAUAAUUAUUCCCCAUUUUCAAAUUGAUUUGUAUUAGACCGUAAAUGUUCAUUCGAAAACAUAUGUUUUCCCUCCCCAUUAGAUGUGUGACCUUCAUUACGUUGCAAUCGACAAAUUUAUAAAGCCAAUUCACCGACGCUAAUGCGAAAGCACUAGAAAAUUGAAUGAAAUGAAAAUAAUGCAUUUUUAAGAGAUCCACUGUAGUGGGUAACAUAUCACCACUAUCAUAACAGUGAAAAUGCAAUUCAUUGGGCCUAUAUCAUAAGCAAAUAAAUUCCUGCGCCACAAAGUGGUUAAUAUUCAUUGAAUCAAAAUCACGUCGACAAACGUUAUUAGUGGUUUGAAUGCUUAAUGUCGUUUUUUCGAAGCUCAUAUUUUCUGAUGAGAAAUUAUAUCGCAAUUUGAUUAGCUUACAAAAGUAUUUUCAUUGAAGUCACGGUCAACUUGAUAAAAUAAUAUACUUCACAAUAAUAAUAACUAGUUUUUGAGGUCAGCACAAAUUAUUUCAUCAUUCGAUUACGAUGAACUUGACAUUCACCAAAUGAAAACAUGGAUAAUUUCCAUAUUCAAUAGACAAGAACUACAUCGGGAGUGAAUUUAAACCAAAAGUUCAACGUAUUUUUCUACCUAUAGUGAAGGAUUUAGUUGAUGACAUUGACACAGAAGCUAACUUUUCUUGCAGAACAAUGCAAAACUUCUUACCAUAUGAAAAAUGUGUUGAUCACACUUUGUUUGCUCACAAUUGUGCCCAAGAAUUCAAGAGAUUAAGUGCAUACUCAACACCCGCUUAAUACAGUGUAGAUUUCUCAAAAAAAAAAAUAAAACACACACUUCUCUGUUUGAUUUUAAAUACAA